UUCCCAUGAGGGGUUUUUAAUAAGGUGGAUCCAGGAGUUGGUCUUGCUCUCUCCUGGGUGACGUGGAUUGGAAGGGGUUCUGCAUACUUUCUUCAUACUGUCUUUGUAAUCCCACUUCAAGAAGAAAUACACGCAACUGUAAACAAACCUAAAUUGCGGUAGAAAAGGAGCCAUGAAGUGGAGCUGGGUGCUUGUGGCAGUUUUGCUGUCCUUUGGGGGACUAUCACUGGGUGAGGAGAGUUUGGAUUUCCCAGAGUAUGAUGGCAAGGACCGCGUCCAUGAGCUCAACGACAAGAACUAUAAGGCUGUGAUGAAGAAAUACGAUGUCAUGGUGGUGUACCACCAUGACCACCCCGGAUCCAGCCGCGUUGCCCAGAGAGAGUUCGAGUCUGAGGAGCUGGCCCUUGAGCGUGCAGCCCAAGUCCUGGAAGAGCUGAAUGAUGAGGAUAUUGGAGUCGGUGUCCUUGAUGCAAAGAUAGACAGGGCUGUUGCGAAGAAAUUAGGCCUUCAUGAGUCCGACGCCAUCUUUAUCUUCACGGACGAUGAAGUCAUCGAGUAUGAUGGGGAGCUUGAAGCAGACACUCUCGUGGAGUUCAUCUAUGAUCUCCUCGAGGACCCAGUGGAAAUUAUUGACAAUAGCAGAGAACUGAGGGGCUUUCAAAAUAUCGACGAGGACAUCAAAUUGGUGGGCUACUUUAAGAGUCACAAGUCAGAACAUUUCGAGGCCUUUGCUGAUGCUGCUGAAGAAUUUCAUCCUCACGUCAAGUUCUUUGCCACUUUCAGUAGUAAGGUUGCCAAGGCCCUGGAGCUUAAACUUAAUGAAGUGGACUUCUAUGAACCCUUCCUGGACGAUCCAGUCGUCAUCCCUGGAAAACCUUACUCAGAGGAGGAGCUGGUGAAAUUCAUUGAAGACAAUGACAGACCAACCCUGAGGAAGCUGCAACCCCACAACAUGUAUGAGAUCUGGGAAGAUCACAUUGAUGGUGAACACAUCGUUGCUUUUGCAGAAGAGUCGGAUAUAGAUGGUUAUGAGUUCUUGGAGAUUCUGAAGCAUGUUGUUGAGGAAAAUGCAGAUAACCAUGACCUCAGCAUUAUCUGGAUUGACCCAGAUGAUUUCCCUCUGCUCGUGCCACACUGGGAAAAGACCUUUGGCAUUGACCUGUCCCACCCACAAAUUGGUGUUGUUGAGGCUGAUGAUGCUGACAGUGUGUGGCUGGAUAUGGACGAUGGGGAUGACCUGCCAUCUGUAGAUGAGCUGGAGGACUGGCUUGAAGAUGUUUUGUCAGGUGAAAUAGAUCCUGAUCAUGACGACGACGACGAUGAUGAUGAUGACGAUGAUGAUGAUGAUGAUGACGACGAUGAUGAUGACGAUGAUGAUGAUGACGACGACGAUGAUGACGACGACGAUGAUGACGACGACGAUGACGACGACGAUGAUGAUGAUGAUGACGACGAUGAUGAUUAUUAAAUUAAUAAUAGUUUACUCUUCAAGUCUGACCAAUGCAGUUCCAAGAGUCAACAUCAUUAACUCUAACAAAACAUCCUCUUUUGUAACUUUUUCUUAUGCUGAACUUGUCCGUUCAUGUUGAUAUCUAAUUACAUCUCCCUGUCUCUGCAUCUCACCACCACAAUAUUCCACUGUUUGUUUGUCCCCCUCACUGACUUAUUUCUUUGAUCCUCCAUGUACCAAAAUACUCCAAAGAUGUCACAGUACCUUUAUUCCCACUUGUUACACUGUCUGUGACAAUAAAAAAAAAAGAAAAGCUAUUCUUCCAAAAUCUACUGCAAUUGAGUUUUGUAUUAUUAAAGUUUUUAUUUUCCUAAGCACUGGAAGGGUUGCAUUGUUUUAUACGAUGUGUCCAAGUCCAUCUGUGGAGUCUUUUGCUGUUCCUACCUUUUAGUUUACCCCAGUAAUGAAUUGACAGAGAUCAGAUCCAAAGGUGCUAGCAGUCUAUAAUGUAAACUCAGUGUGAUGCUGUACACUGAAAGUGCUGUACAUCAUAUGGAUGGAUGUUUUAUAUGAUCAUUGUGAAUUAUCAUAAUAUAUGAAUGAAUUAUAACAACAGCAAGAUUCUAUUUUUGUAACAGGAAAGUUUUAAGUUACUGUAAAGUCUUAAAUAAAUGACAGUUUGGAAAGAAA